AUGGCGGCAAGCGAAGCCAUCUUAAGUUCGUGGAAAACUCCGUUUUCUACCCCGAUUAGAAAGGACGAAAACGCUUGUCGAGAUUUAUUUCAAAAUUCCGAAAAGCUUCUGGCUUCUGCAGUCUCGAUUUGCCGGCUUAAAGGUAGCGUAGAGUGUCAAACCGGUGGUUUAAUUACGGUAUGCGAGGAGCUUCAAAGCCUCAUUCGCUUGGCUUUCACAGGUGAGCUUGUUACUGUUGUUACGCAUACUGUUGUGUUUGAUGCUCUUCCAGCCGACCUAAAACGCUUUGAUUUUUAUACCUGAAAAUAGAAAUGAAAGUUUUCGGCUAAAAUACUUGUACAAGUCGAGCCGCUGUCAACAGUAAAACUCCAAAUGGCUGACAUGCAUAAGGUUCGAGCACGAAGCUUAACUUGAUAAAGCUGAGAAACUUAAGCUUAGGUUUGUUUCAUCAGAAUACUCUACUUAGCUGUUUUUCAGAGACCCAGUUGAAGGUGAUAAAAAUAACUUUACUUUAGGGCAUUGUUUGUAAAACACAUUUAAUACAUAACUUACAUGUAACUUUUUAUGGUAGAAAUUAGACGACUGGAAAAAGAUUUUAGUGCUCAAAAAAUUCUCCUAGAGGACGAAGUAAAUUGCCUAAAAGAACGUAUCAAGUAUCUUGAGGAGGCGAGGGGUACCAAAAAUUACACAGAAAAGAAAGAACAAAAAACAGUGUCUGGUGAUGAGAAAAAUGACUGGUAAGUAAAGUGUAACUAUAUAUAUUUACCUGAUUUGAUAAUCAUUUUAUGGAACUUCUUUGGGUAAAAUUCCGCGGGGGGCGGAGGAGGCGGGGGACUCCCAUAUAAAAGUGAUGGGAUGCUCUUUCUUAGGGGUAGAAAUUGCAGUUUUUGGUCUCACUUAGGGUGUUCAUGAUGAAAACCCAUUAUUUUUGCCCAUAAAGAUAUCGUGUAGGAUUAUGCAUAGAGAAUUGUGAAAUGCCUAGUUAAAUAAAUAAGUAAAUGCUGUCAUACUGUCUUGAAGCAUGGUUUUCUUAAGGGGUCAUAUAAAGCCUGAUCCAUGCCCAGAUUGUUGUCCUUUAGGGUUCAAUAAAUUCUAAUUUUCUGAGGAGCAUCCCCUGUGCUUUUGUUUAAGAUUCCUCUCCCCCACAUGCCCUGGGUAAAAUCCUAUGCUGAAAAUUAACUCCCCUCCUCACAAAAAGUUUUGGGAACGCAGCAUGCAAAGAAAGUAGUGCCCGACAGCCCGGGGCUAGUUGAUUUUGUUAUCAGGCUAGUGAGUUCUGUUCUUAACUUGCCCAACGGGCAAGUGAAGUUUUUUUACAGAAGAACUGUGAAAUCAAUUCUUCUCACUAAAACAUUUUUGGGGCUAGUUGAAAUAACGUUUUGGUUAGUAAAUGCUACCUUCAGCUUGCUCGAAUGGCAAGUUGUUAAAAUGACUUUCUCUGCACCCUGGGAGCAGUUGCAUUGUCAAAAAAAAAAAGACAUAGUGGAAAAUCUACUCCAUGGAUAACAAAAUAGUUAUCAUUUGUACGCUAAUGUUAGGUGGGUUGAGAAAAGAUCCAUAUAUUGUAGGAGAGUUGUCUAAUGUCAUUACCAGUUUCUACAGCCUGUACGUGAACUCUUUAUUCAGUUAAAGUGUUUUCCUUCCUUAUAUUUAUUGUACUGUUUCUUUUAUGGUGUAUAGGACGGGUGGUGUAAAAUAUGCCAAGAGAUGUUCUUUUUAAAAUAAAAUUUAAAAAUUGUUCCUGAAAAUGUUGUGCAGUGCCUACUGAAUAUUUGCUUUUAUAAUUAGUUAAAAGGUUGGCUUUGGAAGGUUUCAUUAUCAUACAUUGUUUGUUUCUGUAUUAAACAGUAAUACAACAUAACAUAAUGAUGUAUUAUAUCUGUUGUUAUCCUGCAGUCAGGAAUCAAAAGAGGCUGUGGAAAGUACUUUGUAUACAGAUACCAACUAUUCACCAUCUGCUGAGGAUGACAACUUAGAAGAAAGUGAUCCCUACAUUUUUGAGGUUGGCAAUACAGAGGUCAGUGAAGUCCCUGUUCAAGAUACUCUGUGUCUCAAAGACAAGAAGGUGUCAAAUUCCUUACCGGUAAACAAAAAAUUGAAUUCCAACAAAAGAUUGAAAAAGCUGUCUUCUAAAAAAUCUGGUAGUCUGUCUACCGUGAUAAAUGGAAGCGAUGGAGGUGACCAGCAAAUUGUCUCAGCAACCUCAAGUGUCCAAGAAAUUGUUGCCAAAAAUCAAUGUAGAAGAUCUGAAAGCACUGAAGAAUCAUCUUACACUAAAAGUGAUGAUCAAAACAAUAGAAAUCGGAAGAAAAGAUCAAGCAAUGAGCAAGCAGCAGAGCCAGAAGAGUCCAGUUCCAAAUGUAAACCCAAAGGUGCAAAAAGAGCCUCUUCCAGAAGUAAAGAAAUGGAAGAAAGCAAAGAAGUGUCAAUGGAUGUCGAGGUAGCACAAGUUGAGACUACUAAGGAAUCUGAGACAGUGUGUACAGAAGAAGUCCACAAGAACAACAAAGAUAAAGCUAAAGUGAGGAAGAAAAAAUCCUCAAAAGAUCACGUACAUGCAGAUGAUGAAAAUGAGCAGGAUGACCUUAAAGAGUCCAAGAAGACCAAGAAAAAGAGAUCUUCUGCAGCUGAGCAAGAAUCUGAUGAUGCGUUCCAGGCUGAAAGCAAUGGUAAUAAAUGCAAUGUAAAUACUGAGCCAAAAAACGAAUCCCCUGUCCUCAAAAAACCUAAAGAAAGUUUAAGCAAGAAACUUUCUUCUGGCAAAAAGACAAAGGCAGUUUUUGAGGAGAGUGUGAUCAAAGUAAGUGAGAAGAUUGAAGAUGAGAAAACUGAAACAGAAUGUGCUUCUGCCAGUGACACUAAUGGUACGAACAGUAAUUCCGUAAACAAACAGUUACCAGAUGAACCACUUGGAGAUAUGACCUUCCUCAUCAAUGUCAAUUCUCAGAUCUCUCUCUUUGUAUCCAAUGGCUCACUAGAAGAAUGCGAGCUACAGCCCAUGACUGCCCGGGAAAGAAAUGAUGUCUACAAGAUGGCUCAGCUGUACAAGCUUCGCGCACGUAUUGGCACAAAGUCUGAGAAUAACCUAACAACAGUGCGCCUGUCCAAACAAGCCGAUACAAGGAUGCCAAAGCCUGGUAAAGUUGAUUGCUUACUAAGUGAGCUGAGCAUGGCUUCACUCAAAAAGGGAGUUAAAGAUAGCCCUAAGAACCAAGGCAAGCGAAAAUAUGCCGCAGUUGCAGAUGGAAGUGAGUGUUCUUUGCCUACAGCAUGUACAGAUGAUGAUCAUGACCAAGAAGGUCCUCCAAGGAAGAAAAUUACGAAACUUUCAAGGGCCAAGAAGGUUAAGUCUUGA